AAUUAUUGUCAUGUAUAUACUUGAAGGUUUUUUAAAAUCUCGGUCUUUAUGUUCUAUGGAUUUUAAAGACUUAUUAAUCCUUAAAUAAAUACAUUCUCUUGUUUGCAUUCUUUUAAAAGACAACUCGUAAAGGAAAACGACAAAGUUCAAUCAAAGCUUUAAAAAAAAAUGUUUUCUUUUGUACCAUCCAUUGCUCAAGUAAAACCACUUUCCUUUUCACACUAGCCAAAAGAAGAGAAGCCCAAAAAUUUAUCAGAUUCAUCAUCUCAUUGUAACUCUCCCUUGAGAGAUUUCUCACAUUAUCCACCACUUGCAUCAUCUUCUUCAACAUUUCAGUUUUCACUACGUCUCUUUCAAUCUCUUCAUGCUUCUUCGUCUACAUCUACUGGUUUUGGAUUUUGGAAUCAUGUUGAGAUGAAACCAGUGUCUCUUUCCUUGUAUCUUGCUGUUGUUGUUGGAUCUCUAAAUCAGACAUGAAGAUGCUUCGAGCUCUGCUUUUGUGUCUCUCUUUAGUGUUCUUCUUGGCGUUUCAGAUUGUUGUUUCAGAGAUUCAAUUAGGUUCUAAGCUCGUUGUUGGUGAAAACACCUUGUGGGUAUCCAACAAUGGUGAUUUUGCUCUAGGUUUUUUUAAUCCACCUGGUUUGCUUAAUCGGUUCAGCAUUGGUAUCUGGUUUAACUCCAAUUCAAUCCCUUAUGAUCAACGGAAGGUCGUUUGGGUUGCUGGAGCAGGUGUUGUCGUUUCUGAUAACAGCUCUUACUUUGAGCUUACUCGUAAUGGAGAAUUGGUUUUGUUUGAUUCUUUGUUGGGUGUUCCGGUUUGGAAUAGCAAGACGAACCGGUUCUCUGUAUCCUCUGCUUUGCUUCGUGAUGAUGGUAAUCUUGUGUUGUUGAAAGAUAGAGAAGAGAUUGUUUGGCAAAGCUUUGGUACUCCAACUGAUACUUUGCUUCCAAACCAAAAGUUUCCAGCUUUUGAGAUGUUAAGAGCUGCUAGUGAGAAUUCGAGGUCUAGUUAUUAUAGUCUUCACUUGGAGGAUUCGGGGAGGUUAGAGCUGAGAUGGGAGAGUAACAUUACUUUUUGGUCAAGCGGAAACGAAGUUGUGAAGAAGAAGAAGAAGAAGAAGAAUAUUGGGGCUGUUCUUACUUCCGAAGGAGCUCUGUUUCUUGAGGAUCAAGAUCUGAUGAGACCUGUUUGGUCUGUUUUUGGGGAAGAUCAUAACGACACUGUGAAGUUCCGGUUUCUUAGGCUUGACCGGGAUGGUAAUCUGAGAAUGUACUCGUGGAACGAGGAUUCAAGGAUUUGGAAACCGGUUUGGCAAGCUGUUGAGAAUCAGUGUCGUGUUUUCGCAACCUGUGGUUCGCAAGUUUGUUCCUUUAACAGUUCUGGAUACACCGAAUGCAAUUGCCCUUUUAAUGCUUUUGUAUCGGUCUCGGAUCCUAAAUGCUUGGUGCCUUAUCAGAAGCCAGGCUGCAAAUCUGGUUUCAACAUGGUGAAGUUCAAGAACUUGGAGUUGUAUGGGAUCUACCCGGCUAAUGAUUCUGUUAUCUCUCAGAUUAGCUCCCAGAGAUGCAAGAAGUUGUGUUUAGAGAAUUCUGCUUGUACUGCAGUCACUUACACGAACGAUGGAGAGCCUCAAUGUCGCAUGAAGCUGACCCGAUAUAUCAGCGGUUACUCUGACCCGUCUCUGAGUUCGAUAUCAUAUGUUAAAACAUGUUUGGACCCAAUUGCUGUUGAUCCAAAUAAUGUUUCUAAAGAGUCACCAGUGACUGUAACAAAGUCUCACAGUAUCUGUAUUCCUUGUCUUGUCGGUGCAACUUCCACUACACUUGUUCUGUUUCUUGGAUUUCAGCUCGGUAUCGUUGUGUACAUUUACCGGAGGAAGAAGAAGCUAGCUAAGAAGAAAGCUGAACGAUUCUCCAAAGCGACAAAUCCGAAAGGUGUGAUGAUAUUCUCUGUUGAUGAGAUUAAGGCCAUGACCGAUAACUUUGACAAUAACAUAGGACCACAGAUAUUCAAAGGGGUUAUGCCGGAGAAUGAACUUGUUGCUGUUAAAGAAGUGGAAGCAACAUUAACAGAAGAAAGGAAGUUUAGGAGCUCUGCAUCCAAGAUAGGAACAAUGCAUCACAAGAACCUAGCAAACCUUGAAGGUUAUUGCUGCGAGCUAGGCAGGAGGUUUCUGGUUUACGAAUAUGCUAAGAAUGGAUCUAUACUUGACCAUAUUGUUGACCCUUUACGAAGCAAGAAACUAACUUGGAGGAUAAGAACUGAUACCUGCUUAAGCGUGGCUAAAGCUCUUUGUUACCUCCACAUGGAAUGCAGAGAAUUUGUCAGUCAUGGGAACUUGAACUGCGGAAACAUUCUGCUUGGGGAGGAUUUGGAAGCUAAGUUAACAGAAUAUGGAUUCGGUUUAUGUGCUGCAGAUAAAGAUGUUGAAGAUUUUGGAAAGACGGUUUUAGCUCUAAUAACGGGUAGGUACGAACCAGAAGGAGUAGUGAGUGAAUGGGUGUAUAGAGAGUGGAUUGGAGGAAGGAAAGAAACCGUUGUAGACAAAGGAUUAGAAGGAUGCUUCGAUGUAGAGGAGCUUGAGCGGGUUUUGAGAAUCUCAUUUUGGUGUGUUCAGACGGAUGAACGAUUAAGACCAUCAAUGGGGGAAGUGGUGAAGGUUUUGGAAGGUACAUUGUCUGUUGAUCCACCACCACCGCCUUUUGCUUGUGCAAGAUCAUCGCCCACUAACUCGUCAGAGUCUAGUCAAUCGUUGUACGAGCCAUAAAGGCUCUAAGUUAGUAAUGUUUGUAUAGUUUGAGUAUCUGAUUUAACAACAGCUGUAGUAGUGAAGGUUGAUGAUUCUUGUUUCAUUUUUUCGGUAAGGUCUAAACUUUUAUCUUUAAUUCUAUUAAGAGAAAGUAAAUGUUCUAUUGCAACUUGUAAGCAUCUUUAUUGGGCCUCAAAGCGUCCAUGAGCCUUUUGUACGGACCAAUUAGAGGAUGAUGUUUACUCAUUAGCACCAUGAUAAAUCAAGUGAAUCAAGUUCUGAGAAGUUUAAUGAUGCUCUUGAAUCUCCUGGAAGAGAAGGAGGCUUUGUUUGGUUCUUCCUGCGCGUCACGCCACGCGCUUGUUUUGGCAGAGUCUAAAGUCUUUUGUACAAGUAUCUGUAGUGGUGGAGCAGGACCAUGUUGAGGACCAGAACCAUUAGUGAGCUUACACGAACCUUCCUUUUACUACAAUCCGACCGACUUUGGCCCCACCAGAGUGAUCCUGAGCCUAAGAUUCAAAAGCAGUUGGGGUAUAUCAGCGGUGCAGAGAGCAAGAUGCAA